AUUUAAGUAAAUAUAUCAGUGUGUUUAAAAAGAUUGAAGAAAAUAAUUAUAUACUAAAAUGACUAUUACUUAUACUAGUGAGGUGACUACAAGUAAAGGAAUAAGUUGUUUUUUAAAAUUACUAUUAAGAUGGAAAGGUAGUAUAUACAAAAUAGUAUGGGCAGAUUUACUCAUAUUUCUACUUAUAUAUUACUCCCUGGCAUGCUCAUAUGUUUUUUGCCCUGAUGAAUUGUACAAAGAGUACUUCACAAAAGCAGUAAAAUACUGCAGAGAAUAUGGCAGUAUGAUCCCACUAAGUUUUGUACUCGGUUUCUAUGUAUCUUUGGUGAUGACAAGAUGGUGGAGCCAGUACUCAACCAUACCCUUCCCCGACAAUCUUGCCAUUUUAGUGGGGGCUAUAAUCAAAGGACAAAACGAAAGGGCGAGAAUAGUUAGGAGGACUGUGGUCAGAUAUGCGUGUGUUUCUUUCACGAUAACUUUAACGUUAAUGUCGCCAAAAGUUAAAAAACGGUUUCCCACGUUAAAUCAUUUUGUCGAUGCCGGAUUGAUCACGAAGGAGGAAAAACAAAUAAUGCAAGAGUUGGAUACUGAGUACCCAAGCUAUUCAAAAUACUGGCUUCCUCUGGCGUGGGCUACAAGCAUUGUAACCAGAGCAAAACAUGAGGGUUUAAUAUUGGAUAAUGAAACCAUGGUGACAAUUAUAGAAGAACUGAACCUCUUUAGAACUAAAUGCGGCGGCAUGCUUGACUACGAUUGGAUAAGUGUCCCUCUAGUGUACACUCAAGUGGUAACACUGGCUGUGUAUAGUUACUUUGUGACCAGCGUUUUUUCCAAUCAAUAUAUUGAAGGAUUAGACCAGAAUGUUUUAAUUUAUUUUCCCAUAUUACCGGUAUUGGAGUUUUUCUUCUACAUGGGUUGGUUGAAAGUUGCAGAAUCAUUGAUAAAUCCUUAUGGGGAUGACGAUGACGAUUUCGAGGUCAUGUGGAUGAUAGACAGACAUGUUCAAGUUUGCUAUUUAUUGGUUGACAAAAUUCACCAACAGCACCCAAAAUUAAUGAAGGAUGCCUAUUGGGCAGAAACUGCACCAAACAGUUUACCUUAUACAAUAGCAUCACAAAGUUACAUGAAUGGUGGUAGAACUGAAUCCACCAAAAAUAUUACUGUGAAAGCAAAUGAAUUGGAUUUGCUGAUACCAGAUUCAAAGGAUGAGGUUGAAGGAAGAUACAAUAGAAAUUCAACUGCUUUGGAUAGUGUUAGAAAUUUAUUUGGUAGAAAAAGAGUAAGGGGUAUACCAUUAAAAUCAGUAUCACACAAUACUGAUAGACCUGAGAGACUGCAAAACAUACCUGAUCUAAAUGAUUAUCUAGAAUCUGAUAUUACAAAUCCAACCAAAAAUUACGAUAAUUAUUCCGCAGAAUACGAAAAGUUAAAGAAACAGCGCCUAGAAGCACACAAACAAAAAAUCCUAAAAUAUCUGGAACUCAUCAAGAGUAAAGAUUCAGCCGAACAAGAAGAAAUCUUACACAGCAUCAAUUAAUAAAAUACCAUUGUAAAAAUAAAAAUAAAAUAUAUUUCAGUUGCCC